UCGUCCGCAGUUCGUGGUUUACCACAUGUGGCUGAUUUCUUGCCAUCCACGUUCAUCAGCCGUAAACUACUGCCAGCCAUCAUGUGUCUGCCACCGUAUCUUCACGAUAAUGUGCCGCGCCAACUGGACCUACUAGCCGGGCUAGCAUCGUUAUCGGAUCGCUGCGAUACUGCUUCGUUGCAGCAGCUGCUUUCAUGUGUAUCACUUUGUUCUGCUCAUCAUCCUGUCAUCAUACAUGCUAAAUCAAGGCUAGUCCAGCGGAUUGUCACUCGGGACCCGGUUAGAAUGAAGGAUGCAUCGCAGGUAUGCGUGCAUCUUCUGAAUCCACUUGUCAUCGGGUUGAGCUGUAAGGAGUUGAGGUAA